AUGCCGCCUUUCUACAAAUGCGGGAUUGCAGCCUACGAGACGCUCAGCACAAGCGUUCAGCUGUCCACAUACAUCAAGAGAGCUGAGGAAUGGGUCGCGAGCUGCUGGAAGAAUCCUACCGACCAAACCCGCGGCCCGCUACCCAAGACGGAGGGGCCGUGUCUAUUCCGGGCUGUGAGUGUUCUCGACGCGCUGUUGGGUCCUCCGUAUGCGUCCUCCCGGGACGCAGCCAUCACGGAGACAUACAAAUGGGUUGCAAUUGCGUCAGCGGCUCAAUUCGCAAAUGGCGAUUAUGCGGAGAGCAUGGAUGGAUCCCCAGAGAACACAGGAACCUCGAGGGAUAGGGACAUUGCUCUAGUCUCGUGGCGAAAGGCCAAGGCGAUGGUGUUUGGGAACAUGUCAGCCACGAGAUCAUUUCGUCUGGCGCUAUCGCUCGUUAUCUUUGGCAACAUCACGCCGCCGCAAACCAUGAGCGUUGAUAGCCCUGCUGAGCAAGACACAGAGGACGCGAGCUAUGCGUUUUGCGAAGGCAUCAAGCGCCUUAGGCGACUCUGCUCGCGAGCGCGCAACGGCAUUGCAGCCCCUAACAAUACGGCCUCGGCCAAAGCGACCACGAGCCCCAAGCUUGGGGCACAUCAGCAGCACAUCCUGAAUCUGGCGGCGGACGUCCUCGAGUCGAUUCGGGAGCUGGUUGGGGCCCUCGAGUGGCUGGUUUCACUAUACAAUGCCGUUGCCAUUGGCACGUCAUACGGAAAGACCUGCCCUUUCCCCCCAGAGCUAGAAGACGAUGAAGCAGGUGACGGCCCGGUAUUGCAAUCGCCCACCCCGGUCAGCAUGACAGACGUCGACAUUUCAUCACUGUCGGUGGCCCAGCCUCAUCAGCGUCAAGUCGAGGACUCGAUCAUGACGCGUGCGAGGCAGGAUGGGCAACCGUUCACUGAGUUUUGGCGGCGCAAUACCCACGACGACGAGUCUGUGCUCCAUUCUGGAAGGCUGUCGGUGUCCCUUUCCAUUGUCGUAUGGAGGGCGCUGGCUCGGUUCACGCUCGCUGCGGACAUGGUCCGGAAGGACUACACAAAGGCCAACUACGGUGAUAUUGAUCGGCACUAUGUCGCCAUGGCAGCCCUCAUAGAGCUCUGGAGACGAUGCUUUGGGUCCUUUGACCAAAAGACAAGAUCCUCUCUCCUGCAGUCACAGCGCCAGGUCUGGCGUAUGUGCAGCUUUUCCUCGGUCGACACUGACCUUGCCAUCCUCUUGUUCUGCGAUGUCGCGCAGAGGUUGGAGACGAGUCUCGCGGAGCUACCCCCAACACAUAUCCCCGCCGCCGAGCGACUCUGCUGUUCUCUUCGGUCAACAAAGGUAUACCGCUCAAAGCAGCGGCUGGUGAGUGCCAUGCAAGUCGCCAUCAUCUCGUCGACGAGUCAAGUUCCAGCAUCCGCCACUGCGGCGCCGGGAUGUAAAAGCGACCUGCCGGUGUACGCGCGGCGCAUGUGUGCACAUCCAUCGCCGUGGAUGAUGGUCCAGUCACAUCGCCUUGCCGCACGAGCCUUUUCGGAAGAAGUGGCUGCAUCCAUCGCUUCGGGUUCUCUGCAUGCUGAGCGCGUUUCUGAGAUGACACUCGGUCUGAAUACUUGUGUCAAGGGCCUGCGUGAGCUGGAAAGCAACUUGUUCAUAUCGACCAGGGCUUAG